AUGUCCUACCAAUUCACAAAGGGAUUCGAAGCAAUAAUAACGCCAUCAUCUGAAACAGACAGUAAUAAUGAAUCUACUACAUCAGACAAGACUAAAGCCGAAACAAAUAAUGUCCUAAAAAGUGACACAAGGGAUACGCACCUCCUUAAGACCUCAAGGGUAUCCAUCAAUAAAUCUCUUCACGACGAUAAUUUCGGAAGAAGUUCAGUUUAUUUAACUCCAGAUCUUGAGAAUUUACAUCAACCUUCAUUUAGUAACGACGGGAUCUUACAAGAUGUUUCUCCUGGUAUUUUCAGUGUAAGAACAGUUUCUACAUCCGCUCUGAAUGAUAAACUAUAUUGGGAUAAUAAUAACAACCAAAAUAUUGGACAAACUAAUAAUUCAAAUUUAAACUUUAUAAAAGUGGAUACGGAUGCGACGCCUCUUAAUAAAAUAUAUGAUAUAACUGAAGGAACAACAUUAGGUGUAGAAAGUAAUAAUAUUAAUGAUUCUGAGUAUAGCCAGUUAUCUAAAUUUAACAAUCAGUUAGCAAAGACUGACAAAAAUAAGUCAUCGCCAUUAUUCAAAACGCAAAUGGCACCCCAAAUAGAUGAGGCUGCACAAAUGUUAAAAUCUGAAAUCUACCAAAUACCAAAUUUUGUUGGAAAACAAUCUGUUUCCAUGAAUAGAAAGCUAUCUCAUUUGAACGACAGUAUUCUCCAAACAAGACCAAAAGUUUUAUUUCAUCCUGUCUUACCUGCAUUAUCAACAGAUGUGUCUCCCAUAAGAUUUCGUACAUACGAAAAACAUCCAUCAGAUUCUGGAAGUAUAUAUAUCGAUUCUCCCGCUGUUCCAUCUGAAGAACGAUCACCAAAUGAAGUCAAUGGUGAUGCUAAUGAAUAUACAAAUAAAAACAAGUUGUCCAAUGAAUAUGACGACUCUUUUCACGAUUUUGACUUCGAAAACGAUAAAGCUGAAUCACCUCUUCCAGAUAUUCCCAACAGUAUGGAAAAACAUAUGCCUUUCCAAUAUACGGAUUACGACUCGUUGUCUUCCCAUCAUCCGAUGGCUCCUCAAUUUAGCGACGUAUUCAGUAUAUCAAAAAUUACUGGGGUGAUUUUAACAUGCAUUAUAAUACCUCCAUUUUUUUACAUAAUAUACUAUGCAGAUCGUGGUGGUUUAUCUAGUAACAAGAUGUACAAAAUAAUUCUAAAGGAAGAUUAUCUUCAGGAUCCGCUAAACGAUUUUUAUUGGGACGUAGAUAUUACAUGGUUUAGAAAAUUAUGUUUCUGGUUAGGAUCACUAGAACUCUUUUUAAUAUUAGCCUGCAUAUGCGUUGGGUUUGGAGUAGGCUUAACUAAAGGUUAA